AUGGCAGAUGCUGAGGGCAAUGCCGGGUGCAAGCCACGCACUCCUGUGCUCGGCAUUCUCUUACCACAGAAGAAAGCAUGCAAGCACUUGACUCCUGCAUUGCUCCAUCGCGCCGCUGACGAAGGGGUGACACUGCGAGUUCUGGAGGAAGGGGUUCCUCUGGCAGCUCAGGGUCAUUUUGACGUCCUGCUCCACAAGAUCAGGUCCCCAGAGUGGGAGGAGGAGGUAUGUGCAUACCUGGACUCCCACCCGGAGGUCACCAUCAUAGACCACCCAAAAGCUGUACAAGCCCUGGGCAACCGGGCUACCAUGCUGAAGCUGUUGGAUGAUGACACCUGGGUUUUGAAGGCCCCUGCCCAGGCCAGUCCAGGAAAGGGCGGCGCAGGCUUCACAUGCACCACGCCCGCGCACCAGCUCCUGGCUCCAGGGUGCUCACUGGCCGGGGCCGAGGAUGCCCUGGCUGCGGCGUCGCUGCGCUACCCCUUGGUGCUGAAGCCCUGCUGGGCAGAUGGCAGGGAGGGAGCCCAUGCACUUGCCCUGGUCACCUCCUCUGCCGGCUUGCAGGGCAUCAUCGAGCGAGGGGCCCAGCUGGGGUUGGCUCUGCCGGCCCUGGCGCAGCCCUACAUCGAGCAUGGGGGCUGCCUGUUCAAGGUCUACGUGCUGGGCGGCCAGUGCCGCAUGGUGACCCGCGCCAGUCUGUCGCUGGAUCAGGACGGCGUGGCGAGCGAUGCCGGCCCGGGGCACCAUCGAUCUGCGGACGAUGGGGCGGAGCAGCCGGGCCAGGCUGGGGACUGUGGGACCGCCAGGCCCUGUCCAGGCUUGCAGCUGAUGAGCCGCGUGAGCGCAUACCCAUCGUCCGAGUGUUGGGGUCAGGAGGACCUCGCACCGGCGGAUCACGGCGUUCGCAUCCCCCCACCCUGGGUUUGGGACGCGCUGGCGCAGAGGCUGCGGGAGCGGCUCGGCCUACACCUCUUCAAUUUCGACGUCAUACUUCCCAGGGAGCAGGGAAAUGAGCCGGGGAGUACAUCCACCCUGCUCCACCUCAUUGACAUCAACUAUUUCCCAGGGUAUGAGAAGCUGGCCGGGUACGAAGAGCUCAUGGUCCACUUCUUCAAAGAGGUACUGCAACAGAGGGCCUGCAGCAACUGA